AUGCAAAGCUCAAGAGCUCUUCUGUCGCUUCCCAGUUCUUCCGGGAGUAGUCUGGUCUCUUCCCGCACCAGCAGCAGUGCCAGUCUGCUCCGUGCACACGAGUACGGAGGCGAGUUGGAGUCAUACUUAUCUCUUGUUGCUGGAGAGAGAAAAAAGAGGAGCCGCAAAGAGGGCAAGGCGGAGAAGCGGGGAGCAGCUGAGAUUGACUGGGGAAGACUGCUAGACGGUGAGGAGAUUCAGAACCAGGAAGAGGUUGAAGCGGAAGAGAGCGAAGAAUAUGGUGACAUCAAACAGUUCCUGAAGCCCAUGUCCGCACCAAUUGUGAGCUCAGAGAAAACAAAGAAGGAUGCUGAAGGCCCCGCUGAGUUGUCCAAUCAACCACCCAACACUCUUCCAAAGCUGCUCUCACGUGCAGCAGAUGGAGAUCUCACAUAUUCAAUGUCAAUGACUGAUUCAUUCAGUGGGGGCAGUAUAGCGAGUGAACCAGACCUGGCCCUCUCCUCGCACUUCAGAAACAACAUCUUCACACUGGAGCAGUUGGAGACACUAGACUCAGAGCCAGACCAUAACUCUAAAAUUGGAGCCACUGGGAGACCAGAUAAAGGAGGCUCUGCUACUAGUGAAGACAUUGCUCCUGAAGACGGUCGUCAAUUCCACAAUAUCGUGUCUCUUGCCGAUUUGGAUUCCCUACCAGCCGAGAGCAAGACUAAACUGCCAGAUGCAGUCAAUGUUCCCUCAGAGCUAGUUGUGCAUCAUAGAUACUCUGAACAAGACAGAAACAGUUCAGAGGAACAGAAGAGUGACGAUUUGCACUCUACUAGUGAGGAGAUAAACCAAGAGGACACAGAAACAUCUGUCAGAUACGAUGAAGACUUUGAAGAUGAAACAGUGGGAACCACUGCCUUGUCCCACAGCUCCCUAGACAAUCAGAAAUCUCUCGAUAGUGGUGCCUCGUCCCACAACUCUCUAAACAGAGACAGACCUGCUGUGGAGCACAGCUCUCCAGACAAGCAGGGAUCAAUGGAGAGUAUCGACAAGUCUCUAUACUGGGAGAGAUCUGAAGAUAUUCGCAGUGGGGAGAGGACCCAGUCCGAACAGACCACUACUGUCUGUGGUCCUGGCAGUAGAAAUGAAACAGCUCCAGGGACAUCCGGUAGUGGAGGGGUUACCACUAGUCAGCAGCAGGUGUUUAGUACUGGAGCUCCCAGAGACAGAGCUAGGCUCGGAGAUCUUCACCAGGGAUCAGGAGAACCACCGUACAUCAAAGUGUUCUCAUCUUCGUCGCAUGUGUCUGAUGCCCUGGAGGACCUGGUUCGUUCCCAGCUGGCCCUCACCAGGAGUUUGGUCGACCGCUCUCGCUCUCUGGCCCAGUACCUGACCGACUCAAUCACCCCUGACUACCACUACACCACUCUGGAGGACACCAAGAAGUACAUCUCGCAGCACAGACCAACAAUUCUAACCAAAGAAGAAGCUCAAAAACUUGUUUCAAAGGAGGAAGAAUUGUAGCCAUCAUCAUAUUUUAAAAACAGAAAGCUUAUGAAAGAGACAUCAUAAUUAUUAUUGAGGCAGAAACAAGCGGCUGGGGACCUUUACCACCACACUACAGUAGACAGUAAUACAUUAUUAUUAUACCGGAUAAAUUGCUGGUAUAUUGACAUUGCGUGCAAUGAGUUAUUAUUA